AUGAUUAAGCAUUUUGCUGUUAAACCAAAACAAUUAUUCCCAACAUUGGGCUAUUAUAUAGCAUCGGAAUUACUAAUUGAAAUUUUGAACGCGAUCAAUUAUCUACAUAGUCAUAACCUCCCAAUAAUUCACCGAGAUAUAAAACCACAAAAUAUUUUGAUAAAGGAGCAUGCACAGGGCUUUGUUAAAAUAUCAGAUUUCGGACUUGCCGUUUUCCAUGAUCCUAAGUCCCUGUCCCAUUCCCAGGGCAGGGGCACUGAGAGGUAUAUGUCACCUGAGGUUAAAAGUGGGCGCCGGUAUAGUCCCAGUGCUGAUGUCUACAGCCUGGGCGUUAAAAUUUAAAACAAAUUCAAUGUUUGAUGCCAUAGAAGAGGUCAGCAGCGAUUGCUUGAAAGGUAUGGCCAGUCAACCACUCACUUGUCAACAUAUAUUGGAUAAUAGCGACCAAUGGCUUCUACCUACCGAUGAGGUGCAAAAUCUCAUU